CGCCUCCUGGGCGCUGUGCAGCCGCGGCGCCUCGCGAAGCCGGCUCCCCGAGCCCCCGGGGCUUUGAGAGAGACCACCCCAAGGCAAGGGGAGCUGCGGCGGCGGAGCCAGGGGCUUGGAGGAGCAAGGCAUGUAUUUUCAGCUGCGCCUCAGAAGAGGAGAAUUCUGCCAUCACCAGAGAGGCAACAGCCCUCAAGUGUGACUACAGCUGACUAGCUUGGCAGAGGCCUGGGAGUCUCUGGGUCGAUAGCUUAGAAUAUGCUAAAAAGUCAGUGCUUUCCACGGGGAAUUGAAGGGCCAGCUGGUCCCCGUGACAGUGACCUGGAGCAAAGGAGUCAGAAGACAGUCGCAGAGAGCAAGAGGGACCUUCCAAGGGGCCGACUUGGACUGCGGAGGGCAGGCUCCUGCCACACAAUUGUCGCAGCCCUCUGAUGGAAUGCUGGAACUUGACAGGUGUCCAAGCACCUUCUGUGCUCUCCCUCCGGAAGAUGAGGACUCUGAACACCUCUACCAUGGACGGUGCCGGGCUGGUGGUGGAGAGGGACUUCUCCUUCCGCAUCCUCACAGCCUGUUUCCUGUCACUGCUCAUCCUGUCCACACUCCUGGGGAACACACUGGUCUGUGCCGCUGUCAUCAGGUUCCGACACCUGCGGUCCAAGGUGACCAACUUCUUCGUCAUCUCCUUGGCUGUGUCGGACCUCUUGGUGGCUGUCUUGGUCAUGCCCUGGAAAGCGGUGGCUGAGAUUGCUGGCUUCUGGCCCUUCGGGUCCUUCUGUAACAUCUGGGUGGCCUUUGACAUCAUGUGCUCCACUGCAUCCAUCCUCAAUCUCUGUGUGAUCAGCGUGGACAGGUACUGGGCCAUCUCUAGUCCCUUCCGAUAUGAGAGAAAGAUGACCCCCAAGGCAGCUUUCAUUCUCAUCAGCGUGGCAUGGACUUUGUCGGUCCUCAUCUCUUUCAUCCCAGUGCAGCUCAGCUGGCACAAGGCAAAACCCACAAGCCUCUCUGAUGGGAAUGUCACUUCCCUGGGCAAGACGACAAACAACUGUGAUUCCAGCUUGAGCAGAACCUAUGCCAUUUCAUCCUCUUUAAUAAGCUUUUAUAUCCCUGUGGCCAUCAUGAUUGUCACCUACACCAGGAUCUACAGGAUCGCCCAGAAACAAAUACGGCGCAUCUCGGCCUUGGAGAGGGCAGCAGUCCAUGCCAAGAAUUGCCAGACCACUGCAGGUAACGGAAACCCCGUGGAGUGUUCUCAGCCGGAGAGCUCCUUUAAGAUGUCCUUCAAAAGAGAGACUAAAGUUCUCAAGACUCUGUCCGUGAUCAUGGGGGUGUUUGUGUGCUGCUGGCUCCCCUUCUUCAUCUUGAACUGCAUGGUGCCCUUCUGUGGGUCUGGGGAGACCAAGCCCUUCUGCAUCGAUUCCAUUACUUUCGAUGUGUUUGUGUGGUUUGGGUGGGCUAAUUCCUCCUUGAACCCCAUCAUUUAUGCCUUUAAUGCUGAUUUUAGGAAGGCAUUUUCCACCCUCCUAGGAUGCUACAGGCUUUGCCCGACGACGAGCAAUGCCAUAGAGACAGUUAGUAUUAAUAACAAUGGGGCCGUGGUGUUUUCCAGCCAUCACGAGCCUCGAGGCUCCAUCUCCAAGGACUGCAAUCUGGUUUAUCUGAUCCCGCAUGCCGUGGGCUCCUCUGAGGACCUGAAGAAGGAGGAGGCAGGUGGGAUAGCCAAGCCCUUGGAGAAGCUGUCCCCAGCCCUGUCUGUUAUUUUGGACUAUGACACUGACGUCUCCCUAGAGAAGAUCCAGCCCAUCACACAAAACGGAUAGCACCCGACCUGAGCUCCGAGGGGAAUCCUGACAGACACGCUCAUCCCAAAAGCUAGAGGAGGGGCUCUCGGUGAAAAAACUAAAGUGUGGUGAGACUGAGACAUCAAAGGAGCCCUCCUCGGCUGCCUUCCCUCAACACACAACUAACUAUGUUCAAAAAUACAUUCCAGUGUGUUUUCUGUGUUGUCCGUAGUGAAUCAAAGGACACAUGUGAAAAGAACAUUCAUAAGAGACGUGUCUUUGGCUCCGAAAUUAUUUUUAGAAACGGAUUCAUAUCUUAGGACUUAAAAAAUAGGGCAAAGACUCAACAAAUGAGCAGCUUCACUUAAAAAUUAAACGUUUCCGGGAAGGAAAUGAGAAGGGUUGAGUUUGCUGUGUACAAACAGGUGCUAACCCUGGUCCAAGCAAAGUUUUCAGAGUGUAAAGGUAGGUGCAUGCCUUCGUCAAUUAUUCCUAAAACAUAAUUGAGCCUUACAGUAAGAACGGGAUUUUUUUUCCCCCCAGAAUUGAUGCUUUGUGGAUAUUGGUUUUAUUUAUUUAUUGCAUUAUAUGGAUAUUUUUAAUUUAUUAAAAUAAAUCUAUAUUUAUCAUAUUUAAUAGGUUAAACUAGUGAGUUGUCUGAGAUCUUACAAUUGCAUUUUCGUCCAUUUAGCUAGCACUUUAUAAGCCAAUGAAACAAACACACAGGCUUUCUGAGAUUCUAAAUGCUCAGGCAUCACUUCCAGAAACAGCAGAGCCUAAUAGAAAGUGAAGUUGUGAUGAUUCCUUAAAAUUCAUCGGCACAAAUAAAUACGAGGUGAGAAUUGACAAAUUCUGUGGUUAGUUUUUUUUCCUAAAAAGAUUUGGAAAGAUUUUAAAAAAGCAUAACUACUAUUGUGUUCAAGACUUUUAAAGUGGCAAAGACUUUUCCAGGAGGAUGAUUUGUAGUUCUGUAAAUAUCUGAAAUACAAGACAGCCUCAGAAGAAAGCAACUUGAAAUUUAUGAUCUUAGAUGGUAAUAAAAAGAAUAUGCCACUUUGUAUUUAUGUAAAAUAAUUAAUCCUCACCGUCUUUUCUCAUUUCCUGUGCCACAGAGCUUUUCUGAACCAAAUACAUGGCUGUCCUGGUUAGAUAUGUGUGGUGAAGACAGUGAGUUUCCUUAACGUUUGUGUCACAACAGUCUCACCAAUGGAUGGAGGUCCACUCCUGCAUCUCCAUCUUACGAAGUCAAAGCAGACCACUCAGUGGGGCUACUUUGUGUAGUUCUUUAAUCUGAACUUAGAACUGAUUUUUUUUUUAAAGUCUAAAUGUUAUUGGCAUAUUAACUAACAGACAGUGCCUCAUUAUCAUCCUCCAGUAAGACACUUCUGUUGGUGGAGGAAACAGGAGACCCCCUUCUCCCAGGGUGUGCUAAGCAACCCAGAGCCAUCAGCAUCUCUUUUGACAAACGCUAGCCCUCCUCUGUGCUUUGGCAUCAAGUUCCUGCGUCAUCAGCCGGACUGGACUGUAAAAACUAUCAUGAGUCUCCGUCACCAAGCGCUAAUUCAUGCGGGGCAUUUCAAGAUAAUUGUUUGGAAAUGUUUACAAAGUAUUCUUGUUGAUAAGCAAUUUACUUAACAUUUAGAUGAAAUUGGUGACAAGAAAGGUAUUUACUGAAAACGAUCUCCUGCAUCAGGUCUGUGUUAUUUAUGCAUUGUGAAUGUUUUCUUAAUUUUAUUGCCUGUAUGCUUUCUUACAUAUAAUAAAAUUAUUUUGUGAACUCAAAUCAA